UUUGGAGGCUGAGUCAAGCGGAGGUUUCCCAGCGUUCCUUGCGCGGGCGGGACGGUUUCCGGUGGUGGAGCUUACCGGGUGUGCAGUGUAUUCAAAUCUGAGUCCACUGCAGCAAGAAAGAUCUACCAGCAAAAACUCCUCAGCAAGUGUUACUGCUUCAGGCGAAGGAGGUGAUCAAAGUAGAGGGCAGGAUGUCAGAGUUGAGUGAUGAAGCCAGUGAGUCGGAGCUGCUGAGCCGCAGUCUUUCCAUGUGGCAUGGGGUCGGUCAGAUGAUCUGUCGGGAAGAGCUGGAUGUUCCUCUGGACUUGCAUACGGCUUCCUCUGUUGGCCAGUAUGAAGUGGUGCAGGAGUGUAUUCAGCGUGGAGAUCUGGAUUUAAAUAAGAGGAAUUGUGGUGGCUGGACUCCACUAAUGUAUGCCUCCUACAUUGGCCAUGACACCAUUGUGCACCUACUGCUGGAAGCAGGAGUGAAUGUGAACAUCCCAACACCAGAAGGGCAGACGCCGCUCAUGCUGGCCUCCAGCUGUGGAAAUGAGAGUGUUGCUUACUUUCUUCUACAGCAAGGUGCAGAGCUGGAGAUGAAGGAUAUUCAUGGUUGGACUGCCUUAUUUCACUGCACCAGUGCUGGACAUCAACAGAUGGUCAAGUUCUUGCUGGACAAUGGGGCAAACGCCAACUGCAAGGAGCCAGUGUAUGGAUAUACGCCUCUGAUGGAAGCAGCUGCUUCUGGCCAUGAGAUAAUUGUUCAGUACCUUCUCAAUCAUGGAGUGAAGGCAGAUGUCAGAGAUAAUACUGGAGCCACAGCACGGACGCUGGCUAUGAAGUAUGGACAUACAAAGAUUGUGGGGCUGAUAGAUUUGCACGCAGCCCCAGUGCCCAAGGUCUUCUGCAGGGGUCCAGGAAAAUAUGAAGAGCUGAGUUCCUCAGAUGAAUCGUGUUCUGCUCCCCAGAGACAGAGACCUGUUCGUAGGACCAAGGGUCCCAGCAUCCACGAUGGGCCCCAGGCUUUGGCUAAGAUAACAGCAGUUGGAAUUGGGGGAAAGAAGCAGUCUCGCUAUGAGCAGGUCCCUCCUCAGGGCUAUGUUACCUUCAGUGAUGAUGGCAGCUGUGAAGCAGGUGAUAUCCGGAACCGGGAUGUUACCUCUCCAAUUAAUGAGCAAGAUGUGGAGAGCAGCAGCAGCAGAGAAGAUAACGUGUUCUUCACCAACAACUUGGCAACCAUCAGGAGCAGCAGCAGCAGCAGUGAAUGCCUCACCAAAGCCCUGGGAGUCAGCAGUGAAGGUUCCCUGGAGAGCAAUGAGGAUUCUGACCAUGCAAACAGUCCCCCUAGUCGGAAACAAGCCAAGAGUUUUAAGAUCAAGAACCGUUACAGCAACAGUGAUAGUCAGUGGACCCACUGCCCAGGGAAAGCUGAGGGCUCUAGUCAGCACCUGAUCCUUCCUGAGCCCCCUGCCUAUACAGGGCCCCAGGACCUGGCAACAUUCCUUGAGCAGAUUGGGUGCCUGAAAUAUCUGCAAGUGUUUGAGGAGCAAGAUGUUGACCUCCGGAUCUUCCUGACCCUCACAGAGAGUGAUCUGAAGGAAAUAGGCAUCACUCUGUUUGGACCAAAGAGGAAGAUGACUUCUGCCAUUGCCCGAUGGCACAGCAACGCUCGGCCACCCAGUGAUGCCCUGGAGCUGGCCUAUGCGGACCGGCUGGAGGCUGAGAUGCAGGAAUUGGCCAUUCAGCUGCAUAAGAGGUGUGAAGAGGUGGAGGUGAUGAAGGGCCAGGUGUGCCAGGAGCAGAAGCUGCGUGCAGUGGCUGAGAGCUGUUUGAUGGAGCGGGAUGAGACCUGGAAUGCUAUUCAGUGCCAGCUCAGAGAGGCUCAGGCCAUCACCAAGGAUGCUGGAGUCCUGCUGGAUCAGAUCAAAUCGUGUCAAGCAGAGCUGUCCUCCCGGCUAACCCAAGAUCAGGCUGUCGGCAGAGUGCUGGACACAAAGGUGCAGCUGAGAACUGGUGAGAGCAGGCGGCCUGGUGAGCGUCCAGUGCUGGAAGGGUGGCCACCUUCCUUGAAGUCUCUGAGCUUGCCUGAGCUGUCAGCUGUCCUAGAGGAGUGUGUGGGAGAAAUGGGAAAAGCUCUGCAGACUGUGAUUCAAAACCUUCAGAGUCUCCAAGCCCCAGGGCAAAGUGGGCAGAGCUGGCUAGAGCCAUAACAAAGCAGGAGGGAAUACUGACGUCGGGUGACUGUUCCACCCGGAAGCUGAGUGUGCCUGGGAGAAUGAGCGCGAGGGCUGUGCUGGCAGCACUGCAGCUCUGCUGUGAGUGCCGCAGCAGCUGGCAGAUGCGUGGAAGAAGGUCUCAGCCAUCAGAGAACAUGCCUGGAGAACAAGGGACAGCAGAAGACUACCACCCAUCAGCUCUUUGCGUCUGACUGCUGUCUCCCAGGACCAUUGCUGUUCAUGCCAAAAGGUUAGGUUAAGAGGAGAAGCACUGAGCCCAGAAGUUUUAUCUGCCUUAACCUUCCUGCAGCCCUUGUCAUUCAGGGCUGUAUGGUGUUAGAGAGUUGAGUUACCCACAGCUAUCAAUUAACUAUCCUUCUCUGCAUCCCAUCCUCCCCAAGGCCUCUGACGCUUGCCCUGGGGCUCCUUCUAUGCCAUGAUAGGCACAGAAGAUGUAACUUGGGCAAUAAGGAAGGCAGGUUUGUUGGGAAUGGGUAAAGUGAAUAGACUUUGUAACAUUUGGGUUGGAGCUGCAGCAACACUCAUGCAGCCCUGGUCUCCAGCUGGAAUGUCUGUUCUACUGCCAUCCCAGAUCUGUGCUUCAAAACCUCUCUUUCCAACCAGCCCACCCUGGUUUGGUUCAGAUUCUUGCCAUCCUCAGGCCUUGUUUGGGGUUGUUUGUGAUGAUGUUAUUCAGUCCCAAAGAACUUGUUUUUGUGGUAAAUGCCUUAUGGCAGAGACUCUGUCAUCCUGGUUUGUCAGUGCCAAGAUCCCAACACUGACAGCGGUUGCGAGGCAGAUGUUUCCCUGGAAGGACUUGAAAGAACACAGGGCUUGAGACUCUUCGGUCUCUUGUGCCUCUGGCAAGCAGCAGCGUGCCAAGGCAGGCAGAACAGGAACUGAGGGGUAGAUCUGUCCCACAUGGGAGGUGGGCAAAAGAAAUAGCAUCCCAGAUGUAGCUGUGGUGCCAAGCUUUGGUCCUCAACCACUGCCUGACUUUGAUUUCCAGGCUUUAGUGUUUGGAAAUAGUUCUGCUGAGACAUUCUUGUGUUGAUGGUGUGGGUGUUUUCAAAGGGCAGGCAGUGUAGGAAUAGGCUGCCUCCCCAGAGACUGCUCCAUCUUUUGGAGCUGGAUGAGUAGCCAUGAGGGCUCUGGUGAUGGUUAUGUUGGUGUAAGAUGGUUUCCUGUGGGUAUUGGCCUGGAUGAGUCUGGAAAAGCCUCUUUAGAAAGAGGAAGAAACUGUGUGUUCCUCCUGAUUUUUGGACCUUAAUCACAGAUGCCAAAAUAGAAAAAUCCAUUCUGACUCCAUCCUUUCAGUUAGUCAUCCCUUCUGAUCAGCUGCCCAAGGCCUUUUAGGCAGACUUGAAAGCUGGCCUGCAUUUGAUGAAAGUGCCAUCUAGUCUGACUGUCCCACUGAACUGGUGUAUCUGUGCUUCCUGGGGACAGUCCUGAGACGGGUAUGGCCCACCCUGAUGUGAACCUUCCUUGCUGGCAGCUUGUACCUGCUCAGCUGUGGGGCGCUGCUUUGUACUUGUGUUUAACUCUUAAACCAAACAUGACACGGUAUUUUUUUUUUCCAUCUUUAGCAAAUGACAUGGGUGCAUGCACAUGUGUCUGGCACUAGCUGUGCAGCCAGUGGUGGGACAUGGCUGCAGGAGGUUACACCCUGAAGAAUUUAGUUUUGGUGAGGAGUCAGUUCUCCUCGGGCAGCAUCCCUGACAGCUUCUCAGAGCAUUGAGGCUGUGCUGGGAAGAGUGUUUGGGGCUUUGUCCUUCAUUCCCUGUGGCUGGAGGAAGGGUGGGAAGCACCAAGGCAGUUUGCAUUCCCCCUCCCUAACCUUGGCAGAGUGUCUGGCUGCGCUAGUACAGGGGUGUCAGUGCAGUGUGCCUUGGCAAGCCAGACUGGAAUUUAAGGCAAGGUGUCUGUGGGGCAAGGAGAGAAGUUUUCAUAGAAGAAAAAAAAACCAAAAACCACCCAACCCCAAAAACCAAGUGAAAGGGCCUGGGAGCAUGUGGAGAGCGAGGGAAGCCCUGGCUCAGCAAUGCCUUCAGAGCUGAGUAGGCUGUGCGCAGGAAAGCGGGUGGUUGGAAGCAGAGACUACACAGUCUCGGGCAGGGCUGGCUUUGCUAGGUCGCAGGGUUGAAGAAAAGGCUUUUCUGCAGGGUAAAGUGGUACAUCCUAUAGACUGUAAUGCUUGAGGGCCUGGGAAAAGGAGUAGCUGAGAGAUGCUGUGGUGUAUUAUAAGGAGAGCCCCACAGAAGAUGUGCUGCAGGAGCCCGGAUGUAAAGGCUUAAAAGGGUGCUGGAGGAGCCCAAAGGGGACACCAGGGAGGGGCUUUCUAUAAAUAGUGUUUCCCUGAGGCAAUGCCUUAAAUGGAGCACUUAAAGCAGCAUUUGUUGCUGAAAGGGUGGCUGUGCAGGCAGCAGGGAGUCCGGUGCUACCCUAAGGCAAGCUGUCCAGAUAAAAUAGUAUUUGCUGACUUGGAUAAAAUAAUAAAAACUGAAAACCUG